CAUCUGCACACCAGAAUUUCCAGAGGAAGUGUGGAUUUGCUGGCAGAAGAGCAUCAUCUGCAGAACAACUCUUUUGUGAUAUAUUGUUAACCUGAAGUUAUCAUCUCUGUAAGGAUGGGUAAAAAAGGAAAGAAGGAAGUAGAGCCUCCACCCAAGGAUGUGUUUGAUCCUUUAUUGAUUGAAAGCAAAACAGCAGCAACAGUUGUGCUAAUGCUGAGUUCACCUGAAGAGGAAAUUUUGGCCAAAGCAUGCGAUGCUCUAUAUAAAUUUGCAUCAAAAGGUGAUGAAAACAAAGUGACACUUCUUGGUCUUGGGGCAGUGGAACGUCUGUAUAAACUCAUCUCUCAUGAAGAUCUGACUGUGCGCAGAAACGCCGUGGUGGUGCUGGGCAUCAUGUCUUCGAAUCAUGAUGUCAAGAAGCUACUGAAGGAACUGGAUGUCACGAGUUCACUUAUAUCACUGCUGGCACCAGAAGAAGAUAUAGUUAUCCAUGAAUUUGCUACUCUCUGCCUAGCACAUAUGGCUGUUGAAUACACCACAAAAGAACGAAUAUUUGAGCAAGGUGGAUUAGAACCACUCAUCAGACUGCUAGAUAGCCCUGAUCCUGAUGUUAAGAAAAAUUCAGUUGAAUGUAUCUACUUCCUGGUACAGGAUUUUCAGAGCCGUGCUGCAGCUCGUGCUCUGAAUAUAAUUCCACCCUUGCUGCAACUCCUGGAAUCUGAAUACCCAGUCAUUCAGUUGUUAGCCCUCAAAACCUUAGAAGUAAUCAGCAAAGACAGUGAAACCAGGGCAAUACUGGGAGAAAAUCAAGGAUUGGAUUGUCUUCUGAAGAUACUGGAAACCAAUGAAUUCAGUGAUCUACAUGGGGAAGCUCUUGCUGUGUUGGGAAACUGUCUCGAGGAUGUGCAUGCUCUGCAAAUGAUUCAGCAAAUAGGAGGCCUUAAAAAGCUGCUUUCGUUUGUAGGAGUCUCUACUGUUCCUGAUGUUCAGAAGAAUGCAGCAAAGGCAAUUGCCAAAGCAGCUUAUGACUCUGAAAACAGAAAAAUCUUACAUGAGGAAAAGGCUGAGGAAUGUCUCAUAAAGCUUUUGGAAACUGAUAAUGAUGGAGUUAAAGUUGCUGCUUCCCAAGCAAUUUCUGCCAUGUGUGAGAACUCAGCUAGCAAGCGAGCAUGUGGACUGCAGGGGAUUCCCCAGCUAGUACAGUUGGUCAGCAGUGAAAAUGGAGAGGUGAAAGAAGCUGCAGUGACAGCGUUAGCUAAUUUGACAGCAGCCAGUCCCAGCAAUGCACGCGCUGUUGCUGAGGCUGAGGGGAUUGUGCCGUUAGUGAAUGCCUUGAAUGCUCAGAGAGAUGGAGCUGUUGCUUGUGCUGCCGCAGUGCUAACAAACCUGGCCGUGCAAGAGCCCCUCCGUUUGAACAUCCAGGGCCAUGCCAUCAUGAGUGCUCUCGCAGAACCGCUGUGCUCCACCAACAGCCAAGUGCAAAGCAAAGCAGCCUUGGCUGUGGCUGCCUUUGCUUGUGAUGCUGAUGCAAGAGCUGAGUUAAGAACUGCAGGUGGAUUGAAAGCACUUGUUGAAUUGCUGCAUUCCAGGAGUGAGGAAGUCAGAAGAAAUGCUUGUUGGGCUGUUAUGGUCUGUGCAAGUGAUGAACCAACUGCUGUUGAACUGUGCAACCUAGGUGCUUUAGAUGUCCUAGAAGAAAUUAAUCAAUCAACAGGGCGCAAAAGUAACUUUAGUGAAGCUGCUCUAGAAAAGCUACUUGAUAACAACCUUUCCCGAAAGUACAGCCAGAUGGGAUUUUUAUCAUCAAGUAAUACCAUUGCUGAUGGAUUCUAUGACUGUGGGAAGAUAAAACCUGGAGUGAAGUUUUUAUCUUUGGAGGAACUGAGCAUGCAAGAGCUCUCUGACCGCCGGGCCACAAUCUUCAUUAACGCUAAAGCACAAGAUGAUUUCAGCCUUGCAGAAGGGGAGAUUGCACAAGAUUCAUCUCCUGAGCAGACAGUCUUGUCACCUGUUUCAAGAAAAAGCAGCAAGGAUAAAGCAAGGAAAGAGAAGGGGAAAAAAGAAGAGGAAAAAUCAAAAGAAGUUAUUCAGAUUGCACCUAAAGUCCAGGAGGAAACAGAUCUAGAAAACUCAUGCUGGCUUCCACCACCUGACUUCAUUUUGCUGGACUACAUUAAGGAUGUUUCCAAAACAAUUCUGCCACUGCCAACAACCUGGAAGCAGGUUGUGGCUCUUGCACAGUUUGUUGCAGACAAGAUGGGUGGCCCGAUCGAAAGAGACAAACUAGAUGACUUCAGCUGGGAACUGCACAUCAGUGAAAUAGAGUUUGAACUGAAAUGCAAUGUUGUGCCCAUCGGGAGAGUUCAAAAAGGGACCUUCUACCACAGGGCUUUACUUUUCAAGGUGCUGGCAGACAGAAUUGGCAUUGGCUGCAGUCUGGUUCGUGGCGAGUACGGCAGAGCUUGGAAUGAAGUUAAACUGGUUGAUGAGUCUCCUCAAGGAGGAGCUGGGCUUCUGCUUCCUCCUCAGGAGUACCUUGUAGAUCUGAUGUUUGAGCCAGGCUCUUUGAUGAAACAGGGAAGUGUGCAAGCAGAUCUGUACAAAUAUAUUUAACUACAUUGAGAAGUUUUGCCCAAAAUAACUCUUUUAAAGCCGUUUGCAGUGCUAAUACUGAUGAAACUUUAAAGGUUUUUGAGUCUAGCUAUCAAAAAUACCUAUCUGGUGUGUCAUCCUAAACAUUUAAUUAGACAUAUUUUUAGGUAUCUGACUUCAAUGCUUAGACAUUUUGUUCAGGUUUUGGCACUAUUUUAAGACUAAACUGUAAAACAACAGUUAAAAUUUGGUAGAUCAAAACUAUUUGAUACACUUUAACACUAUAAUGCUUAUUAAAUUGGAUUCAGUUUUCUCCCCA